AUGCCUGGAGGUGUCUGUGCCGUCCUCGACUACGAGGUCGACCAAAUGGCCGAGUUCGUUGCCGAGAUGGCAACCCGCGUCGUUAUGCCUCUAUCGACCACGGCUGUUACCCCCCCUUUCCGCAAGUUUGUCUCGCAGAUCCUCUCAUCUACGAGACUGCCUAAGAGUACCAUUCUUCUGGGAAUGAACUACCUCGCGAAACGUGUCAACACGCUCAAGCAGAACAACCCUUCGUACACGGUACCCGAGGGUCAGGUCUGGCGAAUGUUGACGGUCUCGCUGCUGCUCGGCAGCAAGUUCUUGGACGACAACACCUUUCAGAACCGUUCCUGGUCUGAGGUGAGCGGCAUCCCCGUCGCCGAGCUCAACGCUCUGGAACAUGAGUGGUUGGAGCAGUCUGGCUGGUGUCUGUAUGUCAACUUGGAUUACAGCGCGGACUACAAGGCUUGGCUCACCAGCUGGGACGACUGGAAGGUCCUCAAGGACCAGGCUACAGCCAGGGCCAACCGCGAGAGGCAUGUCCCCGCCAUCGACACCAAUAUCAACCGGUACGGCGGUCGAUCCGCCUACCAUACGUUUGUUCAGCAGCAGGCGGCUGAGUACGAGCGCUAUGAGGCCAUCAAGCGCAACGAGCUGGCCCAUCAGCAGGCAUACGGCAACUGGAACUGGCAGUCUGCCCCGCUUACCCCACCGGACUCUGGUUAUGGCACUCCCGAGUAUAUCAACUCUGCUACGUCGGCCAACGCCCGGUACAACGAUUGGUUUUCACAGGCAGCUGCCAGCGCCCAGUGGAACAAUCGAUACCAGCAGCCUACUCAUGGUUACUACGGACACCGCCACAAUCAGCAGGCCUUCUCUGGACACUAUAACUACUCGCAAAACAUGUGGGAGCACGGUGUCGCAGAGUGCAGUUGUGCGAACUGCGUCGGGCCCGCGGUCAAGCCGCCUGCUUACUUUGCACACCCCGGCUUCGGUCAGCCCGUCAUGGGCUGA